AUGAAUAUCAUAUCCAUUAUUCGGUUGUUAUGGCGCAUAAUAAUACUAAGUCGUUGCUAUGGAGCUGCAGCGCCUAUAGCAAAGCCUAAUUGCACAACGCAUUGUGGAGAUGUUGCCAUCCCAUUCCCUUUCGGGAUUGGACCUAACAAAGAUUGUUACUUAGAUGAAUGGUUUCAAAUAGAUCGCAGGCACGACAACUCUACGACCUCAGCUAAUUACAGCAGACAGGAGCCUUUCCUCAAGAGCGUCAACCUGGAGCUGCUAACUAUUUUUCCGUUUGAAGAUGGCACGCAAUCGAUUCGGGUUAAGAACCCUAUUACCUUCUUCAGCUGCGAGGGAAAGGAAACUCGCCAACCCCAGAAUUUGACGGGCAGUCCUUUCAUUUACUCUCGGACACACAACAUAUUCAUUGCAGUGGGUUGUGAGCUCUUUGCCCAAAUGAACUCAGAUCAUGAGACUGUCGCUGGAUGCGGGUCGAUUUGUCAUAACAAUACAGACGGCGACUAUGACAACUGCUAUGAAGGUAUUGGCUGUUGCCAAGAUACUCUUCCACGUAAUAAACUCACCAGCGCUUUUAGUAUUGAGAUAACAUCAAAUCCAAUGGGCGAUUGCAAGUAUGCAUUUUUGGUUGAGACAGAUUGGUUUGCGAAUAACUUAACGAAUUUUCGAGACGUGAAGGAUAUGGACAGCGUUCCUGUGGUGCUGGAUUGGAUCUUAAACGUACAUGACUAUGGUGAAAGAUUCAGAGAAAAACCAGACCUGACUGUGGUCUACUAUAAAAAUGUAAAGGUAUUUACCCUCGCAAAGAAACUACGAGAGGGUGGGAAUGGAAAUGAUUAUGUAGAAAGCUUUUAUUGA